AUGAUGUGUGUGUUCUUCUACCUUCAAGGAAGGAAAUGGUGUAUUUUAAAUGUCGACAUUUCGAAAGACUUUCUUGCGGUAGCAGAAUCAAAUCCGUUGACGGCGUUUUUUACAAAACUGGACGGGAGCACAAUCAUGGCCCUGGAUAUCAAAAGAAAAUAUGCGGAUGAACUUUCCAACCAACCCCAAGUCGUCCAAGAUGCCGUCAAGUUACUCUAUGCUUACUACAUGAAUUAUUGGCUUCUUGAAGUUGAACCGACAUUGCCACGUCCCACCUUUGACACCGCUAGAGCUCUGGCAAGACCAAGGAAUCGCCAAGGGCAGCAACGACUUCGAGCUGGAGCAGCACAGCCGAGGACUAAUAGAGCCAGACCAGCAGCUCCUGCUCCAGAUGCUCCUGCUUUGCCACAGCAAGCCGUGCCGCAAGAGCAAUCUUUGACACCACUGGCUGCGCCAGUAGCACCUCCACGAACUCGACGAAACGCCACUCGACUCGCAAUCACUGCAACGGCUGCGGAACCCAUUGCUAAUUCCACGACUUUCGAGCCCAUCGCUUCUACUUCAUCGAAUAACCGUUCGAAAAGAAGAGUCGACAUCGAUGUUAGUGACAGUAGCCGCCCCAAGCGCAUCUGUAGAAUGCCUACUCGUUUUAAUGAUUUUGCUGUUUCGGAGCACCCAUCGACUUCUGCAGACAAAUCACGAACUUCACCACGUCAAUCUCCUGUCUCAGAGCGUACUCCAAAUUCCCGAUGUCGCAACUGUUCCAUCAAUCCACAACAAUUCACUCUUCUUCCAUGCAACCAUUCUCUUUGUUCCAGCUGUCUGACCAUUUCUAUCCCUCUCCGUCAGUGUACUCGUUGUCAACUGCCAUUUCAAAAUAUGACGGUGCAUGUUUGAUAUUUGUGAUUUAAUGAACCCAGAUUUAAUAUGUAAAUGAGAAA